AUGCAGGACCAGAUGCUCCGGAUGUUCAAGAAGAUCAUUACAGGCGCCCCUUACCUUAAAGAACUCACCCUGGGUGAAGGUUUAGAACUGUGGCGCGGAUACUUCCAGAGUGUUCACCCUACCAUUGGAAAGAACAUUGAUGUGUCGACAGCGGUCAUGUUCAAGCAGGGUAGCUUUCAGACCGCCGCUCUUGCUGUUCUCAAGCAGAACAAUGUUCAUGCACUGGACCUCUGCCCAGAUUUGCCGCAGUUCAGGCAGGCUGGCAGGUUUCAGACCGCCGCUCUUGCUGUUCUCAAGCAGAACGACCUUCAUGCACUGGACCUCUGCCCAGAUUUGCCGCAGUUCAGGCAGUUGAAGAACUUCUUCAAGGGCGUUUCUGUCACGCUCAUCCACUGGCCAGGCCUCGAAAAUAUUUGA